GACCAAACCCUAAACCCCCGCGCCCGCCACCUCUCGCUGCAGCAGCCAGCUAGCCAGCGGGGAGCUCGCACGGCGUCGCCUCUUCUUGUGCUCGGUGGCCGCCGAAUCCCGCUUGCCCUUCAUCGGGCUCCCCAGCUGCUGCACUCGCCGGGAGCCGCCGCCCUCCAGGAGGAGCAGCACGGCCGUCUACGAAGCUAAAGGGAGGAACAUUUGUGGUGGGCAAGUUUUUUACUUUUAUUCCAAUUUGUGGAGGAAGGUUUUUGGUGGAGCUGUACUGAUUCCAGAUUGAGAGAGGGGCUAAUUUGGGGGAAGAAUGUCUGCAAAGUGGCGGUCGCUGCAGCAUCGGCACCGGUACACCUAUACCUCGAUUGUGUUCCCCAAGCACUACCUUGAGGCAUUAGCUCUUGUGCCUGCUGAUAUAACUUCGUCCUAUUUCUUUCUCCAAUUGAACAACUUGAUCUCCUUGACCUCGACCUACUCUCAAGUGGUUGCGGUCAAAGACCUUGCCUCAGCAUACGUGCAGUUUCUGUCUGCUCCAGGGACUUCUGAUGAUGCAGUGCUUGCCGCCACAAAACUUUAUCUGGAAAUCCUCUUCCUUGAGAACUCCCUCCCUCUCCACCGGACACUCAUAUCGGUCCUUGCCAAGUGCAAGAAAUUCUCUCCAGUUAUCAGUGGGUGCUUUGCCUUGCUCUGUGAGGAGUAUGGUGGUUCUGGUAGUAAGGCAAAGAAGAGAUUUUUGGUGUCCCGGGCAGCCUUGUCACUGAUUGGGUACCCAAAGUUGGGAUUUUUGGAUGAGGCUGUAGAGAGGUGUGCAGAGAUCAUGGCACUGGAUAUUGUUGAUGGGCUUGAUGGAGUAACUAGAGACAUUGGUGAAGGGUCACGGCCAUCUCCAGUCGUAAUGGAGCAGUGCCAGGAGGCCAUGUCUUGCAUGUACUACUUGCUGCAGCGGUACCCGUCUAAGUUUACUGGCCUUGACAAAGCAUCAAGUGUCUUCAAUAGUUCUGUUAGGGCAAUACUAUCUGUUCUCAAGUCAUCUGCCUUUUCAAGGGAUUGCCUGGUGGCCUCUGGAGUGAGCUUCUGUGCUGCAGUUCAGGUUUUCAUGAGCGCCGAGGAGAUUUGCUGGUUUAUUUCUCAAGGUCUAUUUGGUGUCUGUGCAGAUCAUGAAGAUAGAAAAGAUCUAUCCGUGCAUGAUGUGCUUUCUGACUUUAAUCUGUGUGAAGAAAUCAGAGAUCUUUCCAUUUUGAGUAGACUUUGUUUGCUAAGAGGGAUUUUGACAUCUAUUCCAAGGACAGUACUCAACAUACGCCAACUUGAUUCCAGUGGAUCUUUAUGGACUGUAUUGUAUGAUGGGAUUUUACUUGAGCUUUGCAAGCAUUGUGAGAACCCUAUUGAUAGCCACUUCAAUUUCCAUGCUCUUACAGUGACACAAAUAUGUUUGCAGCAGAUAAAGACUUCUGUUUUAACUGAUUCCACUGACUUCUCUGGGGACUAUAAGCCUUUCUCAAGAAAUGUUAUCGACCGUAUAUUGAGAAUCAUAUGGCGCAACCUGGAAGAUCCUUUGAGUCAGACAGUAAAACAGGUGCAUUUAAUCUUUGAUCUCAUAUUAGAUAUCGAAUCAUGUAUUCCAUCAGGAGACCAUGAACUCAACAACAAAUUGUUCCUGAGCAAUAUUGCAAAUGAUUUACUUUGCUUGGGCCCGCGAUGUAAAGGGAGAUAUGUCCCUUUAGCUUCUUUGACAAAGCGAUUGGGUGCCAAAUCUCUUCUAAGUUUGAAACCAAACCUGCUUUCAGAAACUGCUUAUGCAUACAUAGAUGAUGAUGUUUGUUGUGCUGCGACAACAUUUUUAAAAUCCUUCCUGGAGACUUUAAGAGAUGAAUGCUGGAAUGAUGAUGGUGUCGAUCAAGGGUACGAUGCCUUCAGAGUUUUGUGCUUGCCUCCUUUGAUGCGGGGACUUGUAUCUGGAAAUUCAAAACUGCGUUCCAACUUAAAUACUUAUGCUCUACCUGCUCUUAUUGAAGUUGAUGCAGAUAGCAUAUUCACAAUGCUUGGGUUCAUCUCAGUUGGCCCGAGCGCAAAGGCAACUGGACUAGAUGUUGUUUUGAAAAAUGAUCAGUGUAUAGCUGCACUGGUCUCACUGCUUAAAGUCUCUCGAAAUCUAGCUCUUGUUGAAGGGGACAUUGAUUUGGAUCCUGAUAAAUUGUCACAGCCUCAGAAAGAGGAUAACAGGGGCGCUGCAGUUAUAUCUGUUAGAGGGAUUAAUGUUACAGUGCCUGUUAAUUGGUUUGCAUUGGCACUGACACACAGUGAUGAAAGUCUCCGUAUAGAUGCUGCUGAAUCUCUCUUUCUAAAUCCAAAGACAUCAAGUCUUCCAUCCUCCUUGGAACUGAGCUUGCUUAAAGAGGCAGUCCCAUUGAAUAUGCGUUGUAGCUCAACGGCAUUUCAAAUGAAAUGGACAAGUUUAUUUCGGAAGUUUUUUGCUAGGGUACGAACAGCACUUGACAGACAGGUAAAACAUGGGUCAUGGAUUCCAUCCUCUAGUAUUGAAGGAGCUGAUUCUGUUGAUGCUGCUGUUACCCAGAGGGCUGAAGAUCUAUUCCAAUUCAUGAAGUGGCUGAGCUCCUUUCUGUUUAACUCUUGUUACCCAUCUGGCCCUUAUGAAAGAAAAACAAUUGCAAUGGAGCUUAUUCUUACACUAUUAGAUGUAUGGCCUAUUUGCCAUUCUGAAGGGAAGAACAAUCUUUAUCCUUACAAUGACAGCAUAAUAUUGCCAGAUUCAACAAUUUCAUUUGUGGGGUCAAUAAUUGAUAGCUGGGACAGGCUCAGGGAAAACUCCUUUCACAUUCUGCUGCAGUUUCCAACACCACUUCCUGGAAUUUCCUCUAGUUUAUCUAUAAAUAAUGUUAUCAGAUGGGCAAAAACACUUGUGCUAAGCCCACGAGUCCGGGAAAGUGAUGCCGGUGCGUUAACCUUCCGUCUUAUAUUUAGGAAGUAUGUUUUGGAGCUUGGAGUCAUUCUUGUGUUUUCUAAAGAGAGUGAUUGCCUUGAAUGUUACACACAAUCUACAGAUGGAGAUACAGAAGUUUUUACUAGUCAAAACCCAGUUGCACAGUAUAUUUCUUCUCUCAUUCAAUGGCUGUGUACUGUUGUUGAAGAGGGUGAGAAGGGUCUUUCCGAAGCAUGCAAGAAAAGUUUUGUUCAUGGAGUUCUUCUCACCCUGCGCUACACAUUCGAUGAGCUGGAUUGGAACUCUGAGGUUGUGCAAUCGUGUGUUUCUGAAAUGAGGUGCCUGGUAGAAAGGCUUCUUCAACUCAUAAUGCGUAUAACUUCGCUGGCUCUCUGGGUGGUUUCUUCUGAUGCAUGGUAUAUGCCAUACGAUAUGGAUGACGUGAUUGAUGAUGGUUCCUUCCUCUCAGAUAUAUAUGAGGAGGAUCAACCUACUACUGGUACAGAAAAAGAAGAGCAGAAUACAAAACCAGGGAGUAAUGGCAAACCAGCUGAUCAGGUUGUUAUGGUUGGUUGUUGGCUUGCUAUGAAGGAGGUUAGCCUACUUUUUGGAACCAUCAUCAGGAAAAUUCCAUUGCCUGGCUGUUCUCAUUCAAAUUCAUCUCAGGAUGGCUUACUUGACAGUAGUGAGGAGACAAUCAUGUCAGAAGAAAUUCUUGAUGUGGAGCAGCUAGAGAAAAUGGGUGACCAUUUUUUACAAGUUCUUCUUAAAAUGAAGCAUAAUGGUGCAAUAGAUAAGACAAGGGCUGGGCUUACUGCCCUUUGCAAUCGUCUCCUUUGCUCAAAUGAUUCAAGGCUAUGCCAAAUGACAGAAUCUUGGAUGGCGCUACUGAUGGAUAGGACAACUGCUAAAGGGCAAACUGUAGAUGAUUUGCUAAGAAGGAGUGCAGGAAUACCUGCUGCGUUUAUCGCCCUGUUCCUUGCAGAGCCAGAAGGAACACCAAAGAAGCUACUUCCAAGGGCACUAGAAUGGUUGAUAGAAUUUGCUAAGACAUCUUUAGCUAAUUUUCAGAAAGAUAGCAACCAGAAGUCUGGAAUAAUGAAAGAUGGCCUUGGAGAGCUAUGCGAAUCACUAUCAGAAACUGCUGCAAGUGCUCAUUCUAAUGGGAAUCUAUCUAAAAGCCGAGAUGAGGGCGUUGUUCCCACGGUGCAUGUGUUCAAUGUGCUUAGAGCUGCCUUUAAUGAUGCAAAUUUGGCAACCGAUACUUCUGGUUUCAGUGCUGAGGCAACAAUAGUUGCAAUUCGGGCAUUUUCAUCUCCCUACUGGGAAGUGCGCAAUGCAGCUUGCCUUGCAUACACUGCACUGGUUCGUCGCAUGGUUGGGUUUCUGAAUGUGCAGAAACGUGAAUCAGCACGACGAUCAUUAACUGGCCUUGAAUUCUUCCACAGGUACCCAGCACUUCAUCCUUUCCUUUCUAGUGAACUGAGAAUUGCAACUGAACUGCUAGCUGAUGGAGUUUCUAACAAUUUGGAGUCACAUAUUGUGAAAGCCAUACACCCUAGCCUUUGUCCAAUUCUUAUUCUUCUAUCAAGGCUGAAGCCAUCGCCUAUAAGCUGUGGAACUGACGAUUCUUUAGACCCUUUUUUGCUUUUGCCUUUCAUACAAAGAUGCGCUACCCAGAGUAACUACCGGGUCCGUGUCCUUGCAUCAAGGGCAUUAAUUGGUUUGGUAUCAAAUGAGAGACUGCAGCAAGUUGUUAGCGAUAUACUGGAUAAUUUGGCUAGUGGAAAUCGUGAAGUGGUUUCCCACAAUGUUCAGUUUUCUGACCCUCCGAUAUCAGUUAAUAUGGAAAAUGGAAACUUACUUCGGGCUUCUAGGUCUUUUUCAUUCAAUUCAAUCCAUGGCCUUUUGCUGCAGCUGUCUUCUCUUCUGGAUAACAACUUUAGAGGUCUGACAGACAGUUGCAAGAAAGAUCAGAUUAUUGGCCACCUAAUUGAUGUUCUCUCAAGAUGUUCUUGGCUUGGCAGCACCAAAUUAUGCUCAUGCCCUGUUGUAAGUACAUCUUACUUGCGGGUAUUGGAUCUCAUGCUUGAUAUUGCAAGGACAGGGAAAAACAGACAUACUGAAGUCAUCCAGACACUACUGUUAGAGUUGAGCUCCCGGUGCUUGAGCAGUGCAAUAUCAACCCGGUAUGCAUUCCAUGAUCCAACCCGGAUUGAACUUCAACAGCAAGCAACUGAAUCAUUUUUUAGCUGUGUUGGUCUUUCUAAAAGAAAUGAUGAAACUUCUGUGGAAGAUGUUCAGUUCCAAAUACUUGGUGAACCCACUUCAAUCAUUUCAGUGAUGCCUAGGGUGGAGGUCUCCCUACCUGAACUACACAAGGAGAUUAUGUCAUGUCUUGCUGAUCCGACAUACGAUGUUAGAAUUACAGUGCUGAAGAGGAUUCUUCAGCUCACAAAAUCAAUCAGACAUGGCCAGAGUAAAAACAUUUUGCACCAAUGGGCAGGAGCUAAUCUGCAGCCUGUCUUAAUGGAACGGUUAUUUGCGGAAGACCACCCCAAGUGCCUUUAUUAUAAUCUAAAGAUCAUCUUUUUGUGGAACAUGGAAUCCCCAUUCAACAACGGAGAAGAUUCUGGCACAAUUUUAUCCUUCUGGGACAGACUAGUUCAUUUGAACAACACCAUGUCACAUGCAAAAACCAGAGAAAUAAUUCUAUGUUGCAUGGGUAUGUGCAUGAAAUGGUUUGCUAAAUUACUCAGGAAUGCUCUUCAAAUGGAUGGGCUUAAGACUAGUGAGCUCUCUGCAUCAUUUGUCAGAAUCAAUGAAGGGAAUAGAUUGUCUGAUGCCUUGCUUAGAGUAAACUUCUUUGUCAGUCUUGUCAAGAACCAAAGUGCACCAUCGGAAACUGUGAAUGCUCGACGUGCUGCUGCUGAGGCAAUUGUUGCUUCGGGUCUUCUUGAAGAAGCGAACUUUUUUGCUUCAUCUGUGUCCAACUCGUGCUUCCCUUCUGAAUGUGAUGAAGGGCAUAUCAAAGAGAAAUGCAUUGAAGCUAAUGUUUCUGAAUUUACGAGUCUUUAUGCAUGCAAGAUUAUUGACUUAUGGUUCAUAUGCAUUAAGUUGUUGGAGGAUGAGGAUGCCUAUCUGAGACAAAACCUUGCAAAUAAUGUUCAGAAAAUAAUCGCAAAUGGUUCAGCUAGUGCCUUUUGUGAUGAUUCCACACCACUGCAAGUUGAUAGAGUUAUUGAAUUGAGCUUUGACUAUCUUACUUCCUUGUUUGGCCACUGGCUGAAAUACAUCGAGUGCUUGUUAAGGAUAGUCUUAGAUACUGGAAACACUUUGGACUCCCGUGGGGAUUUGGUCCGUCAGAUAUUUGAUAAAGAAAUAGAUAACCAUCACGAGGAAAAGCUGUUGAUAUGUCAAAUCUGCUGUUUUAAUAUACAGAAGCUUUUGCAGUCCAAAUGUCAGAUGGAAACAGGAGGAAAAAUUGAAUUGUUCCUGCAAAACUGGCGGGAGAGCUUUUUGAACCAGCUCACAUCACUGACCAGUGGCUAUAUUGAGAAAGAGGGGAAAACUGAUUGGAUUGGCGGCAUAGGCAACCAUAAGGACGUGUUCAUAUCAGUUUAUGCAGAUCUGUUAGGAUUAUAUGUGCUCGCACCAUCAGCUUCUCUGGAACACCAGAACAGUCCUGAAACUUAUUUGCAAGAGUUUUCAAACCUUAAUGGGUUUAUCACACCAUUCCUCAAGAACCCUCUGAUAUCUAACCUUUAUGUGCUUGUAAAACUGUCACAUGAUAGGUUCGGAUGCUCAGAUAAGCCAGAGAACCAAGUAGCAUCAAAUUUUGACCCAUAUUUUCUUAUCAGAUAG